CACGGCGCACGUCAGUGGCAUGCGAAUCGGGAAGCCAAGUUUCACUUGUCGCGCUGAGUUCGUUCGUGUCGCAGCAGCAGCAGCAGUCGCAGCAGCAGCAGUAGCAGUCGCAGCAGCAGCAGCGAGUGUGCCGUUAUUCCGUUCGUUACAUAAAGAAGAAAUUUCAAAUAGCAAGUUUAAGUGCGCUGCUCGGUGGCGAAUGGCAUAAAUCAGCAUUCAGCGAUAGCAGCAUUGUGAUAAACACUUAAACGAAAGGAGCCAGCGCGACCCAAUAAAAAAGAGGAAAUAGAAUAACCAAGUGAAAUCAAAACGAAGUAAAGCAAAGUAAUCAAAUAACGUGAAUUUGAACGACUGGCAAAAAAUAAGGAAAUAUAAAAGACAAGAGACAAGCACGAAUAAAUAAAAAUAAAACCCCGAGCAACAAAAGCGGAAACCAGCGAAAGCAAGGACACGAAAGCAAACACGAUAAAUCAGCGCAAAGUGCAACAUUAUUUAAUCAACGCCAGAGCCAGUCAGCAAGUGGAAAAACCCUGGAAACGCCUAAAAAUAUAGGACACGCGAUAACCAAAAAUAGAACGUAAUGAUAAAACCAAAACCAAAGUACCUGCAACAAUGAAAUUGAGCAAAUCUUAAAGGCGUAACCCGACAAGCAAACCCAAGAUUAGAAUUACUUUUAGAAUUAUACAAAGGGACACUCGCUAUAUACAAAAGUGCUAUAGAUAAACGAUAAACGCUAUCCGCAAACCACUACAAAAACCAAAAACAGCAAAAUAUUAACGUAGUUCGUUGACGUUUGUUCACCGCUGGAAAUUAUCGAUACAGCCCAAGGAUAUAGAGCGUAAUCCCCGUUGAGAUAGAGUAAUGGAACUAACCUCGUAGUUUGUAGAGAGACCUGCGUCUCAGCCCGUAGGACAGCAAAUUCAAAUAACCGCAACAUAAACGCACUUAUCGACUAACUAAAACUACCAAGUAGUUGCCUCUCUAUAUACAAUAUAUAUAUAUAUAUACACCUACGAGAUAUAUACAAGAUACUUAGCCGUAGCGAAUAGAAGAAAAGCGCCAGUCUGUACAUCUACCUAUAUGGAUUUAUUUUUAUAAUGCCGCUAAAGCUAAACUCGAACCCCGCCCUCGACCUAGGCCUUUCAAAUUGCAUCUGAAUAAGUAACGCCACACGGAGUCCCAAGGAGGGACUGUUGCCGGGUCCGGAUCCUUUGCGUGUUGCUCGUGCCAGAUACACAAAUACGCCCUAAACCGUAAUCCGUGGACCCACAGAGGAGGAGUGAUACGAACGUACAGGACGAAUUAAAGCUACCUGCUUUGGGUUUCUCGUGUUGCCUCGCUGCCUUGACGUAACUCCGCCUUAACUCGCGUCGCUUCCAUUUGCCGCAAAAGUGAAAGAAAAGUGAAAAAACGCAGAAAAUAAAGGGCGACCGACCGCAAAGCCAAACUGCGGUGCGUUCGUGAAACUUUCAUGACCAAACAUUAACUUAAGCAGGGAGGAGGAGGAGGAGGAGGAGAGGCGUGGCCAGAGGCCAGGUUGGAAGGCGGCGGGAUAGCAAACAUUGCGGAGCAAGGAAACUGAGCUGUCAUCAUCACUGUCCCAUCCCCUUCAACAGCUAGUUUGUUAUUUGUGAUAAAUUAUUCAGUGAUCCACAUCUCGGAUCCCGAUCCUGCCCACCCCCACUUCAGCUCCAGCUCCAGCUCCAGUUACCGUUAUCGUUACCGUUACAGUUCCAGUUCCACUUCCAGGCCCCACCAUCACAUCUGUACACCAGCAACCACCAACCGAAUAGCAACAAUAACUAUACCCUAGAGGAUAAACGUCAUUUAUAAUCCAGAGUACAAAGUACGAUUAGCCCCGAAAUAACGCUGUUAACGAAACUAAAGCUAAAACUAAAACAAAGCUACAACUAUAAAUAGUAACAUAUGGUAUUAUUAUACACGCAACUCAAAACAGAUAAUGUCAUAGUCACAUAACCUCAAAGAAACGAAAAAACGAGCGCAUAACGAAACGAAAAGUGAAGAACCAUAAGCAAUAUAAGCAGUGCUGUUGACUAUUUUAGAGGCCACCUUUUAGAUACCGAUACCUUCUCACCCAACCUACGUUACUCAACCAAACACCUAAGAACCCACCAAAAACGAAUCGAAAAACCUAACCUAACCUAAAACUUAAAACCUUAAAACACGGAUAACGACGAACAGCCCCAUGUGCGAGUGAGAUAGCCCGAAAAAAGAAGAAAGAGAGCGAGGAAGAGCGAGAGUAACACAACGAAAAGCAAUUUAUUUUUGUUUACGUGAGCGUGUGCUGGACUUCUAUUAGUUAAUGCCAAAAAUCGAAGCGGAAGUUGCACCCACACCUGCACACCCAACUACCACUACAACAUACAGACACACACACUGAGCCACGAUGACAAGGCCAAGAAUUGCAGUGGGCAUUGCGGGGCCUUUCCGGCGGCAAUAGCAAUAGCAACACCUUGAAAAAAAAACCAAAAAAAAAGAAACAAAAAGAGCACCAAAAAUAUACGCGAUAACAACAACCACGUUACGUUAGCGAAGGUGGCGCGAGUGGUUCGAUGUGGUUCGAAUUCGAGUUCGAGUGCAGGUGGUGACGUGACAGCGGCGGCGUCGUGGGUCCAAGAAAAUGCACGUUAAACACACUCAGCGCCGAGUCAGCGGUCCUGGAGCCUUCGGAACCUUUACCAACGAUCAACGUGCCAGCCGCGACAACUUGUGCCCGGACAAUCCGCAGCAGCAGCAGCAGCAGCGGCACUCGCACUCGCACCAGCACUUGGUGCGCCAGUCUCUGGUGAGUCUCAGCAACGGCCAGCCGGCGGCAUCGGCGGCGCCGGACAGCGUCUCGCUGCUGCGAGCGGGCGAUGAUCAGCAGCAGCACCUCCAGCAGCAGCAACAGCAGCAGCAGCCGCAGCAGCAGCAUCUGCAACAGCAACAGCAACGGCACCGCAGCAGCAGCAGUCGACUAUCGACGAGCGGCAUCUCCAAGCAGAACUCCUCGGACAGCAGGAGCGGCCUGCGCAUCCUCGACAGCAGCCACAGUCCGGUGAGCUGUGGCACUCAGAGCGUUAGCAGCACUGGUGGCCAGUCGGCGCUCUACGAUGCCUGUCACGAGUACACGCGCAGCUUGAGUGCAGCGGCUGCCGAAGGAGCCGGUUCGCUGCUCAAGAGCCACUACAGUGACCAGCAGUUGGCGCAGCCGGAGCCAGACCCAGAACCGGAUCCGGAAAGGGAUCGGGAUCGGGACAGGGAUAGAGACAGAGACAGAGACAGGGAACGGGAGCGUCGCCACCUAGCCAACCUCAAUCUCAAUCUAAGCAGUGAGUACGACUACAGUGGAAGUGACAAGCAGCAGCUGGUCAACGAGACGUACAUCUUCAAGUGCAUCGCCAACAGUCCUUCGUUCCUGCGCACCAACAAGAUCAAGGAGCAGUCCAAGAAGCUGCGGAAUCUCUCACUCAAGACACGGACCGCCAAGAAGAAGGGCCAGAUCAUCUCCAAGUCGAACGCGGUGUCGGAUAACUCGCUGCAUCCGGGCGACAAGUACCUGAACUUGUAUCUCGUGGAGAAGAAGCACUCCCUGCAGCCGCAGGUGGCCUCCACGUCCAGUUCCAGCACCACCCCGCAUCCGCAGGCUUCCUCGGCACCAGCCAGUUCGUCCUCCACCUGCACUAAGGCGCCGCAGUUGCCCGCCUUGUCGGCGGUUGCUGCCCGCCAACAACAGUUGUUGCUGAACGGAUCGCUGAAGGGCAAGGGGCAGAGUCAGGGUCAGGGUCAGGGUCAGGGGCAGGGGCAGAGCCGGCAGACGCUGCCCGGCCAUCGGGCGUCGGUGAGGAGCGAGAGUGGAAGCGGUAGCAGCCACACCAUUCCGGCGACGGGCAAGAGUCCGCCGGUGCCGCACUCGCUGGCGGCCAAGAUCAGCAGCUCGGCAAGCGGCAGCAAGAACUGCAAUUUGCUCAGCGCCAGCAGCAACUCAUGCCACAAGCUGCACGCCCACGCCCAAGGAUCGGGAGCAGGAUCGGGAUCUGGACCGGUAUCAGGAGCCGGACACAGUCACUACGCGGCGGCCUCGCCCAAGAGCUCGGUCAGCAGCAACGGUCACCUGAACAAGUACUGCCUCACGGACCUCACGCGCCGCAAGGCCGAGUUCAAUCGCCAGCUGAGCGCCCCCACGGACUACACGCACCACUCCUCCAGCAACGGAUCGCAGCAGGAGGGCUCCUCGGAGGCCAACGAGGGCCACGAACCGGUCGGGGAGUCCACCAUCACCGUAGCCAGUGCCGGCGUAUCGUAUCCGCAUCCGUACUCCUAUCCGUAUCACUACGCGCACCACGCCUCCUCGGCCACAGCGCCCGCCAACCUCAAGGCGUCGCUGCAGCUGCACAGCUUCGGGAGCCACCACCCGUGUCCUUAUCCGGCAAGGCCCACGUCCACGUCGUGCACCAACAGCUUCAACCGGCGCCACAUCCGCCGGCACAAGGGCAAGCUCGGCGAUCGACUGCUGAGCGGGGAUAGUGAGGAAUCGGUGCGCUGCUCCUACUGCUCGGUGCUGAAUGUGAACGACAACGACCUGCGCAUUUCGUUCGAGAACACCUGCACCGACUCGCUGGUAACCGCUUUCGAUGAUGAAGCCCUGCUAAUAUGCGACCAAGGAACCGAAAUGGUACACUUUGAUGACGUGUCGUUGUACGGCACUCCGAAAGAGGAGCCCAUGCCCAACAUACCGAUCGUGUCGGAAAAAGUCUCUGCGAAUUUCCUAAAAAGUCAAUUGCAAUCAUGGUUCCAGCCGACGGACAACCGACUGGCCAUGAAACUGUUUGGCAGCCGAAAGGCGCUGGUCAAGGAGCGCAUACGUCAGAAAACUUCCGGGCACUGGGUCAUACACCCGUGCAGUUCAUUCAGGUUUUACUGGGACCUUUGCAUGCUUUUAUUAUUAGUAGCAAAUCUUAUUAUCCUGCCAGUCGCAAUAUCAUUCUUCAACGAUGAUCUGAGCACACGAUGGAUUGCCUUCAACUGCCUAAGUGAUACUAUUUUUUUAAUAGAUAUUGUAGUCAAUUUUAGAACAGGAAUUAUGCAACAAGACAACGCUGAACAAGUAAUAUUGGAUCCAAAGCUUAUAGCUAAACACUAUUUAAGAACUUGGUUUUUUCUCGAUUUGAUUUCGUCGAUACCGCUAGAUUAUAUAUUUUUAAUUUUCAAUCAAAUUAUGAAAUUGCAGGAUUUCUCUGAUUCUUUUCAAAUAUUGCAUGCCGGACGCGCCCUGCGCAUCCUGCGCCUGGCCAAGCUGUUAUCCCUGGUGCGACUACUCCGCCUUUCCCGCCUCGUGCGCUACGUGUCCCAAUGGGAGGAGGUCUAUAUUCUGCAGAAUCUACAGAAAAAAAGUGCUGAUCGCAGAGGGAGAAUGAACAGAAAAGACAAAGAUGGCUUGACAAAAAGCAACCUAAUUCUCAAGUUCCUCAAUAUGGCCUCGGUCUUCAUGAGGAUCUUCAAUUUAAUUUGCAUGAUGCUCCUGAUCGGCCAUUGGAGCGGUUGCUUGCAGUUCUUAGUGCCAAUGUUGCAGGGUUUUCCAUCCAACUCCUGGGUCUCCAUCAACGAGUUGCAGGAAUCGUACUGGCUGGAGCAGUAUUCGUGGGCAUUGUUCAAGGCCAUGUCGCACAUGCUCUGCAUAGGCUACGGCAGAUUCCCGCCACAAUCAUUGACGGACAUGUGGCUGACGAUGCUUUCCAUGAUAUCCGGGGCCACCUGUUACGCAUUGUUCCUCGGUCACGCGACCAAUCUCAUCCAGAGCUUGGACUCCAGCCGGCGCCAGUAUCGCGAGAAGGUCAAACAGGUGGAGGAGUAUAUGGCCUAUCGCAAGCUGCCACGCGAUAUGCGGCAGCGCAUCACGGAAUACUUCGAGCAUCGGUACCAGGGUAAAUUCUUCGAUGAAGAGUUGAUACUUGGCGAGUUGAGCGAAAAACUGCGCGAGGAUGUCAUCAACUACAACUGCAGAUCCCUCGUGGCGUCAGUGCCUUUUUUUGCUAAUGCCGAUUCGAAUUUCGUUUCCGACGUAGUUACCAAACUGAAAUACGAAGUUUUCCAACCAGGUGAUAUUAUCAUAAAGGAGGGUACGAUCGGUACUAAGAUGUACUUCAUACAGGAGGGCGUGGUGGACAUUGUCAUGGCCAACGGCGAGGUUGCCACCUCACUUUCGGAUGGGUCUUACUUCGGUGAGAUCUGUCUGCUGACCAAUGCGCGUCGUGUGGCCAGCGUGCGAGCCGAAACCUAUUGCAAUCUAUUCUCGUUGAGCGUGGAUCAUUUCAAUUGCGUUCUGGAUCAGUAUCCGCUGAUGCGCAAGACCAUGGAGACUGUGGCCGCCGAGCGGUUAAACAAGAUCGGCAAGAAUCCAAACAUAAUGCAUCAGAAGGACGAGCAGCUGAGCAAUCCGGAGUCGAACACGAUUACGGCUGUGGUUAAUGCCCUGGCUGCCGAGGCGGAUGACUGCAAAGAUGAUGACAUGGAUCUCAAGGAGAAUUUACUGCAUGGGUCAGAGUCGAGCAUUGCUGAGCCGGUGCAGACGAUACGUGAGGGUCUCCCGAGGCCACGGAGCGGGGAGUUCCGGGCCCUAUUCGAGGGUAACACUCCAUGACACUGAGGAGCUGUGACGAACGGUGCCGGCGUGCACCGGGCAACCAUCUGAAGCAGCGGUUCGCUGGACACUCACUCACCAAAACCCACAUCCAUACCCCCACACAGGACAACCACACUCACACACACACUGCGUAUAUAAUAAUUUAGUAAAAGGAACCCCAAGACGCGAUAAGAGUACACUAAAAAAAGAAUCAAUUUAUGGUAGACACUCUAUAUAUGCAAUUGCGAUUUAGUAGAAAACGUAUUAAAAACAAAAAAUCCAAAAAAAGAUAAAAACAAUUACACAAAAAAUGUCCUCAAUAAUUAUUCAUAAUUUCAGCUCCGCUAACUGUGAUGACUUUAAUAUAAGAAUCGAAAAAAAAUUAACAAACAAAAAAAAAAAGAAAACGAGUACAUACAGAGAUAAAUUAUGCGAUAGAGAUAGAACUCAGCAGCCAGCAGACAGAUCAGAAAAAACCACAACCCACAGCCAUGAAAGAUCUGCCACCCCAAUCCACACUACACACCACACGACACACACCACCACCCCGAUCACACACACCAAAUACUGACAUAUAACGUAAAUCUACAUAUAAGUUUUAUGCCCACGACAUUGUAACGAUAACGAAGUGAAUAGACUUUUGAAUUGCUACCUAGGCGUUAGUCCUAUGGACCUAUUACAAGAACACACAACCACACAGCAGCAAGCACACCUGUAGGUGGCCAAGUCAACAGGUCACAGGUGACAGGAUUCAAGCAACAGGCAUCAGGCAUCAGGGGGCGACAGUGACAGUCAGACAGACAUGCAUCAACUUAUGAUAUAAACGAAGCGAAGCGUUACAGCAUACCAAAACAUAUUUAUGCGCGUAGCUAUUAUGUACUCGAGCAACCAACAAACAAACAACAAAACAAUUAUGUAUUAUUGCGAUUAUAUAGCAUAUUUAAAUACGCAUUGCAAAAAAAAAGAAAAGGGAAAACAUAACUCAGCAAUAUACAAAACAAGAAAACAACCAAGAAACAAAACAAAAUGAAAAGUAUUUAAGCAAAUUUAACGAAUGCGCAUUAGUAGUUGAACUAUUAGUUUUUCACUCACUAACAAACAAAACACCACUCGACACACAACGUAGUAGAGAAGCCUCAACAAAAAAAAAAAAAAAA